GUAACUGCUGCGAUGGCAUGACUAGCACUGAAGGGGCCUUCCAAGCUGGACCACUCACAUGCCGUCUGUUGGCUGCGAGCUCACCUGGGACUGUUGGCUAGGACCAACUCUUCUUCAUAAGAUUGCCUAUGUGGCUAAGGUUGGCUUCUCACACCUGGAUUCUGAACAGUAGUACCUCAAGAGGACAGGUCCUAGAGCUUCAAGCACUAUCAAGAUUCUGCUAACAUCAUACUUGUCAGUGUCCCAUUGCCAAAGCCAGACCUUUAGCCAAAGUACAUAGUCAUUGUUGGGGAGGCCUACAUAAGGGCAGAUAUCCAAGGAGAAGUCAUAUAGGUGGGAGAUAAAGUCUCUUCUGUAACAAAUGUCCUUUGGAGAGUGAUUAAAAAUGUUUGAGGAUUGGCAGAAACGAUGCCAGCAAGUUCAGGAAAGUAGAACAGCUCAAAGGGUAGUCCCCAGGAAAAGGGGAAGUUCCAGGUUCCAUGCCCCACCCAAAGGUGGGUGUAUCUGAGCAGAGAGAAGAAGCUGGUGAAGAGACUAAGGAAGGGAGGAAGCAGGAUGGAGAGCAAGAAGGAGACCUGGAGGAGAUAGGUAGAGCAGAGAGACAUGUGAAGAAACUGCGCUUGCCUUUUGGUACUGCACUGGUUGAAACAGAUGUGGGUGAGAGACCCAUGGCGAAGAGUAAUGAUGCGGGUGUGUUGGUUGGUGAGACAGGACAACCGACACCUGCGAAUCAAACUUCCACAUCUGGAAGUAGUUGUGGUUGGGCGUGGCCCAGAGACCAAGAUCACAGACAAGAAAUGUUCCCGCCAGCAAGUACAUUUGAAAGCAGAGUGUAACAAGGGAUAUGUCAAGGUAAAGCAGGUAGGGGUCAAUCCCACCAGCAUUGACUCAGUCAUAAUUGGGAAAGAUCAAGAGGUGAAGCUGCAGCCUGGCCAGGUUCUUCACAUGGUGAAUGAACUUUAUCCACAUAUUGUAGAGUUUGAGGAAGAGGCCAAGAGCCCUGACCUGGGAACAAACCUGAAGAGAAAGAGGUCAAGCAAUAAUGAUUCUAUGGAAAGUGAUGCUGCUCAGGAAGCCAAGCCCAGGGAGGGGCUGGAACCUGGGAGCAACCCUAGCCCAUGCUCUGUGCCCCCAAAGAAGAGCAGAGAUGAUACAUCUACCAAAAAGGAAUCAUUGGGCCACUGGAGUCAGGGCUUGAAGAUUUCCAUGCAGGACCCCAAAAUGCAGGUUUACAAAGAUGAGCAGGUGGUGGUGAUCAAGGAUAAAUACCCCAAGGCUCGUCACCACUGGCUAGUCUUACCAUGGGCCUCCAUUUCUAGUCUGAAGGCCGUGACCAGGGAACAUGUUGAACUGCUCAAACAUAUGCACAGUGUUGGGGAAAAGGUGAUUGCAGAUUCUGCUGCGUCCAGCAAAUUCCGCUUCCGACUGGGAUACCAUGCCAUUCCCAGCAUGAGCCAUGUACACCUUCAUGUAAUCAGCCAAGAUUUUGAUUCUCCUUGUCUUAAAAACAAAAAACAUUGGAAUUCUUUCAAUACAGAAUACUUCCUAGAAUCACAAGCUGUUAUCGAGAUGGUCCAAGAGACUGGCAGAGUGACUGUCCGAGAUGGGACAUCUGAGCUCUUGAAGUUGCCCCUCCGCUGUCAUGAGUGCCAGCAGCUGCUCCCCUCCAUUCCUCAGCUGAAAGAGCAUCUAAGGAAGCACUGGCCAAAGUGAUUCUGCAGCACCUGAACUUCUGCAGCAAGUGUGGCUGGUUGCUUCAAGUAAACUCCUGGCUUCUAUUCUGGAUUGCUUGAGAACGCUUAUUUCUCAAAAUAAAAUAUGUAUCUUUU